UGCCUAGUUACCGACCGUGCGGCGCAGGUGUAUGCAUUACACAUUGGCGUAUUGAGUUUGGCUGCACCGGACGAACCCCAAACAAGAGUGGUGUAAUUUCUCGUAGUUUCUUCGCUAGAAUUUCACCGCGAAGUGCUGUUUUUUAAGACCGUCUAGACACGGCGUGAAGCAGGGUGUAAUCAUGCAUAAGUCUUAUCAGUCGACUCUGCCGUGCCAGAGUAGGAUCCUGAAGGCGAGAUGGGACCAAAAAUAUUACGAGGAACACCUGCAGAAGGUGCGCCAGGCCCAACCGAUGGUUGACACAAAAGCCCCAACAACCUAUGUCCAUCUACAUCUGAAGCUGAAGAAACUACAGCUUGAGGAGGAGCGUUUGUCCGUCAUUGAGAGAGACAAUCGCAUUCUUCUUGAGAAGAUGUCGGAGAUUAUGAGGACUACCGGACGGGUCGACCACAGAAACAACUACAUCCAUAGAAGUCUGAACAAAGAGAAACGACAACGUGAGCUGUUGCGAGUGACACGGGAGAACCAGGAGAUCUUGAAGCGUAUCCUAGCGCGGGAGCCAGAGUAUAACCAUCAACAGUGGCAACGGGAAUGGGAGGAGAACGAAGCAUUUAUGGAUAACAUCGCUCGCUACCCUAGAAACUGGUGGGAAUUGGAACAAGAGGAACAAGAGAGAAUGCGGGCAGAGGCCAAAGAGCGGAGAAGAAAGGAAGCUGAAGCUAAUGGAACAAGCCGCUCAGGUCGUAAAUCAUCCAGGAACGAAAGAAGACGAACAAAAUCAAGAGAGGAGCGGAGGAGUCCAACAGAUGAGCAAAAGGAGCAAGAAACACAAGGUGCUGGAGAGGAGACUAACCAGGACAAAGAGGAGACUAACCAGGCUGAAGAGGAGACUACUAAGCCAGAGGAGCAAGCACAAACGCAGGAAGCCCAGCAGGAGGAAGAACCAAAGAUGGAACAGCAGGCGGAAGAGGCAUGAUGUGGGCUAUGUAAAUGGUAGUGUUUCGCUUUCAGGCUGUGUUAUUGUGCAAGAGCAACCCCCCUGCAUUUUGGCAGGUGUAGCAUUAUUUUUAUUACACUUUUCUGAGUGGCAGCUUCUGCUUGCGUUUUCACAGCAUUGGCUUUUGUAAUGCACUAAUCACGUCUUGUGGAGUUCAGUUAUGAACAACACAGACAAAAAAAAUAUGAUUUAGUUUGCAAAUUUCAGUUGAUUGUUUUUCAUAAUCAUGUGGGUGGUCAUAAUUCUCAUUAAAUCUGAUAUACACGUACAGUCAAUUGGAUUGACAUUUUAGUGAUGAAUUUGAGAUAAUUUUGCCACACUGUUUACCAAUGGUCAUUGAUUUGAAAGUACAUGUAUUGAAUAUUCAUAUUCAUGGUUAUCAUUACCCAAUCACAUGCAUUG